UGAGGUGUUCGGUUUAUCGCAAUGCCAUCGGGUUGAAUCCUGUGUGUGUCGAGGGCCGGUUUCUCGCUGCCGCCACCCACUUGUGCAGUCCCCCAAGUUUAUAAGCCUAUGCUGGUGCUGCUGCUGCUGCUGCAGUGUGGUGAAUGAGAAAAGGAAUAAGAAGCUGAAGAAGAUCUGAAGUGGUCGCCUCCCGUCGAAACAAUGUGUGCGAACGAGUGAGGGGAUGAGGGCCGUCGCCGUCAUCGUCGUCGUUGGUCUCUUUCCGACUGCAGGCCGACCGACGGAUUUUGCAUCCGGAAGGGGAGCUUUUCCUAGAAGUGUUCUGAGUGCAACUCUGUGCAAAGCACAAGGGUGGAAAACUCACUAGCUAUGGGAUGCUGGAUGGGCGUUAGAUGGGGGCGUCUGUGGCGAGACGACGUUGUGUGUUCCAAUAAGAAGAAAAUUGUCUGAGGAGAAAGCGCGGCCGAAAAGGAAAAGUGAAACAUACGACGAAAAGCGCCAAAAUUUUGCCCGUCUGUGAACUGUGUGCGGAUUUGCUUCACGGUCGCUUGCCAGUACCUAGAGUGCAGUGUGAAUCUGAAGGUGCGACGAGAAGAGGUGUGCAAUUUGUGUGCCAGUUUCUAGUGCAGAUUUUGGUCGUGGGUGGGCUCGAGGAAGAUAUUUUCCACCGUCGAUGUCGCCGCCAGCCAGCUAGUCAGGGUGCAACGUUCUAUUUGUGAAUGAAACUGGGUGCAUCUUGGAAUUUAGACACAGGAAAGUUGUAUCAGUGAGACGACAAAACAUGCUGUGGAAGGAUCUCGGAAACUAAAACAGAACAUCGGUGCCAAAUUUCCAAAUUCAGAUUAAUAGUGACCAACUCGAACUAUCAAUAGUGCAGAAAGAAAAUAAUAUCUGAAAGACGGAUCAAUACACAAUCGGGGAGGUGAGUAAGUGGGAGUGAGCAGUUAUCAAACAGUGCGAGAGUGAGAGAAAUUAGCUGCCCAGUCGAUGUGUGUCGUAUUUUGCAAAUUUGCCCUCCCAGGGACCCAACGCCAGACCAGUCCAGUGUGGUCCCGGCAGCCAGUGUGACAAAUUGGUUCGGCAGCUGCGAAAAGGGAAAAUUCAUACCGUGCAACAACACAUAAAUUAUUGAUUGGAUUUCGAUCACAUACGAGCGUAUUUAUGGUGGAGACGGGUAUGGAAGGUGAAAAAAAAAACGACAGCAUAAGGGAUAAAACUGAGAUUUGUGCGUAGUGGUGCAGUGCAGCACAUUCGAGCGGCCAUAUCGGUGGAUAUCGGAAGUGAAAAAUAUUGUGUCCCCGUGCUCGGAGCAGCAGUGGAUAGCCGGACUGCGUGUGGUCGGUGCAAUCGAUCGGUGACGAGAUAAAAAUUUUCAGUGAUUAAUUUUUCGGGAGCAGAAGACCGUUUGGCGAAGAUUUUGCGUACCCAGUUACAAGUGCAGUGUUUCGAGAAUCGAACCUUUGAGAGGAUAAGGAGUUGUCAGAAUGAGGUGCAUCAGGAUAAACGACCCGAUGGUUACCAUGGCCUUGCUGCUGGCGCUUUGGAUGAAUUUCGGCUUCACACUGGCGUUCGAUUCACAUCUGAGGGGUCCCUCGUUCGUCAUGGAACCACCACCGCGGCUCGAGUUCUCCAAUUCGUCCGGCGGUUGGUUAGACUGUUCGGCCUCGGGCAGCCCUCAGCCCACCAUCGAUUGGCUCUCGGUGGACGGAACAUCCGUCGGCGACGUCGGUGGAGUUCGACGAGUGCUACGGAACGGUACUCUGGUGCUGCUUCCGUUUCCUGCUGCGGCCUUCCGGCAGGACAUCCACAAUACAAUCUAUCGAUGCGUAGCGUCGAACACCGUGGGGCGAGUAAUCUCCCGGGACGUUCAAGUCCGAGCAGGUAAGAGAUCACGCCACCGCAAACAAUGUCCAGAUUAAAUUCCAGACUCGAGUGUACGCAGGAUGCGCCCGUAGAGAGAAGAGCUCAAAUCACGGUAACCCACCCACCUUUCCCUCCACCGGAAACGUCCGAAGCAUAACAACAAACUGCAAAAAUUUCAUUAUCCAAACAACAAACACCCACCACACCAUCUGGCAGCAAAACUUCUCUACUAAUGCCGAGAAACGACCAGAGAAUAACAGCCAUUAUCAGCCCCUAUCGUUUUGUCUACACUGCUCGGGUCACUUGUCAGACCCAGGGCACGAAACACCGGGAAAAACUCUCACUCACCAGUCCGCUCGCUCGCUCCUGGGGUGGUGGGAAAUUGUUCCGCUUGAACACGAUCUCAAUCACAUUAUAAACGAAAUCUCAAAGUACGUGAUUGGAAUUAAUUCCAGAAAUUUCUGUGCCAAACUCUCGUCAUCUUUUGCGUCCUUCCUUCAGCAGGCGCUGCUAGGCACUGGAGCCUUCCCCUCGUAGCAUCGGAUUUCCAGUCUAGGGUGUCUAGGUCUAACUCAAUUCAAAUCAACCAACACGCCAUACCACCGCCACCGCCGCCGUCACACCCACAGGGCAUCACGUCGGCGUCAUCAUCUUCACCGACUCAC